CAAUAUAUCAAGUUUCUCUUAAAAUAAGAAAGAUAAGAUAUUGCUCACGAUAAAGUUAAUCGGGAUUAUAUUAUUGCGUUAUCGAAAUAUGAAUAUCAAGGUAACAGCUGUUAUCUUUGUGACUUCUACAUUUUUGUAACUUCGUGUACACAAUAUGAAUCAUGUGCUCAGUCAUCUAAUGAUUGCAUACUUCAUUUACUGACAUAUUUUUUUUAUUGCACGAAACUCGCGUAUAUAUAUUGAGUAUUUGUGUUGUAUUUAAACUUAUAAAAAUUAAUUUCUAUUGUUUUAACGAGUGUGUUAAACAUAAUAUUUGCGUUAAAUUAUUAUUAUUUACGAGCGACAAUCAUACACGAAUUUUGUUUUUUCCACUUUUUAUAUAAAUAUUACUCUUACUCCAUCUAUUUAAUUGCUGUCAGGUCUGUUGACCUGUUGCUUUGAGAAUUUAAUUUAAAUAUAUUCAAAGGGAAAGAGAAAACUAUUAAAGGAUUUAUCUUAUUUGCUCAUUAGAAUAUAUUUAUGUGAAGUGCAUUAGUGAUGUCACAUUAUCCAUAUGAAUAUGUAAGAUGUUUAGAUAUGGAGCAAACAGAAUCACCUCAAACACAGUCUCAAUCUCAGUCUUUACAUGGUUUUAUUCCUCUUCUGAGUUUAACUGAAGCACUUGGUGCGCUUCUUGUAAUUUUAGUAGUUGUGUGGACAACUUAUUUUAGGGGUGGUUUCUCCUGGAGAUCUGAUCCAGCACUUGAAUUUAAUUGGCAUCCUUUAUUAAUGACUAUUGCCCUUGUAUUUCUGUAUGCUAAUGCAAUGCUCAUCUAUAGGACACAACGCAAUCUUCGCAAGAGACGACUAAAACUAUUUCAUGCAGGACAAAUGUUUCUUAUCAUAUUUUUGACAAUAUUUGCUUUAAUAGCAGUUUUUGACAGUCAUAAUCUAGCUUCUUCUCCUAUGCCAAAUAUGUACUCACUGCACAGCUGGGUAGGAUUAACAACCGUGAUAUUAUUCUGCUGCCAGUGGGUUGCUGGGUUUGUCACGUUCCUCUUUCCUGGGUUACAUGUUUCAUUGCGAGCUUCUUAUAUGCCAAUUCACGUGUACUUCGGCGUUGCAGGCUUUAUCGGUGCGAUUGCAUCGUGUUUAAUGGGACUCAAUGAAAAGGCAAUUUUCGCUUUGCAAAAUGAAUAUUCAGCUUUUAGUGGAGAAGGAGUAUUGAUAAAUAUUAUAGGAUUACUAUUCAUAUCAUUUGGAGGCUUAUCAGUAUAUUUAGUAACGCAGUCGCGUUAUAAACGUUUACCAAUGCCUGAAGAUGAAGUUUUAUUAUCUGGAACUAUAUAGUGUGUUGAGCUCAGUUUGGGGGGAUUGCAUAUUGAAGAUUGAAACUUCACGCUUAUUAAAUGUGAUUGUAACUUGCUUCUCAGUACAACAUCUUCAGCUUGAAAUCUCAAUUCCAAUGGAAAGUACUUAAAAGUUUCAAGUAUUGCAUAUUUCAUGUGUAAUAUCAUUUGUGUAAUGUGUAAUUUCAUGUGAAAUAAGGCUGAUAUGAAGGCUGAUUAAUAGAAUUUUCAAAUUUUGUUACCACAAAACGAACAAGUAAACAAUUUUUUUUUUAAUAAUUAAUGAUAAUAAGGAUUUUAAGAAAUAUAUAAUCAUAUAUAUUAUACUGUAUAAAUAUUUUAUUUGACAGAUGAAAUAUGUAUAUUUUAUGUUUACAACAAGAAAAAGUCAUUUUUCCAGACUUUUGGUGCUAUAUGUUAAAAUAUCUUGUAUAAAUUAAUUUCUUACGUAAAUAUAUGUUUAUAUACAUGUGUA